GCUGCGAUAGCAGCUUGAUGCUAGUCCACUAACUUGUGUGUGGUCAGUCAACCUAAGCAUGAGGUCCGUUGACUGCGUUUUCGUGUUGGUAACGUUAUACGAUUAAAUAAAAUAUUCUGUCGAAAGUGAUGAUACGGUAAAUAUUUUUUUCCGCUUCGUUUAAUUUUGUUCGCUCAAAACGGAAACACGAGCCUUUGCGGAACAGCUAACUCUUCUCUGUAUCCCUCAUCUCCUCCUACAGCGUCCUGUGAAGGCUGCUAGCUAUGAUGUGACUGUGAUAUCCGCCGUCGAGGGAAGUUAUAAUUGACAUUAUCAUAGCUGAAUGGCUAAAGCACCGGUCUGCCUGGCUUCAUUUAACGCUUGAAUGCUCUCAUUUCGAUAGCCUUUUGAGCUCCGCGUCGGAGGGAACCGCUAUAGUUUCUUGGCGGAAAUAACCGAAGAGAGCGUACUCGCGGUGCUGUAGUUCACACCUAAAAAAAGAUGUCCUUCUUCAAUUUUCGCAAGAUCUUCAAACUAGGGCCGGAUAAGAAAAAGAAGCAGUAUGAGCAUGUACACAGAGACGCCAAUCCUGAGGAGAUAUGGGAAAUUAUUGGGGAACUGGGAGAUGGAGCCUUUGGGAAAGUGUACAAGGCACAGAACAAGCAGAAUGGGACCCUGGCUGCUGCUAAGGUUAUCGACACAAAGACUGAGGAUGAACUGGAGGAUUACAUGGUUGAGAUUGACAUUCUGGCCUCCUGCAACCAUCAUCACAUUGUCAAACUGCUGGACGCUUUCUACUUUGAAAGCAAACUUUGGAUUCUGAUAGAGUUCUGUGCAGGCGGUGCUGUCGAUGCCAUCAUGCUGGAGUUGGAGAGACCCCUGACUGAGCCCCAGAUUCGUGUGGUGUGUAAGCAGACUUUGGAGGCCUUGGCUUACCUUCAUGAGAGCAAGAUCAUCCACAGAGACUUGAAAGCUGGGAAUAUUCUCCUGUCCCUGGAUGGAGAUGUAAAACUGGCUGACUUUGGCGUGUCUGCUAAAAAUACCAAGACAUUACAGAGAAGAGAUUCUUUCAUCGGCACUCCAUAUUGGAUGGCUCCAGAGGUGGUAAUGUGCGAAACUUCCAAAGACCGUCCAUACGACUACAAGGCCGACAUCUGGUCCCUUGGCGUAACGCUCAUAGAACUGGCACAGAUUGAACCGCCCAACCAUGAGAUGAAUCCCAUGAGAGUGCUACUGAAAAUAGCCAAGUCCGAGCCGCCCACACUCAUGAAUCCCUCUCGCUGGUCACCAGAAUUCAGCGACUUUCUGCGCAAAGCACUUGACAAGAAUGUGGACAAUAGGUGGAGUACAGUACAGCUUCUACAGCAUCCUUUUGUCACCAGUGUAACUGACAGCAGACCUCUCAGAGAACUCAUAGCUGAAGCCAAAGCCGAAGUCACAGAAGAGCUUGAGGAUAGCAAAGAGGAGGAGGAAGAGGAAGAACCUGAUACACCUCUGGCUGGUCCCGGGCACAAGCGAGCACCUUCUGAUGUCAGUGUGGCCAGCUCCGAAGAUGACAAAGUUCCAUCAACUCCUUCCACUCUUGAGGCUGUUAAAGAAAAGAUGGAAGUUGAGCCUGCUGAGGACCAGACUAGUGAUAAGUUAUCUGAUGAAGGACUUGGAACAAGUGAGGUAGACAAGACUGAGGAGGAGAAAUUAAAUGAGGUGUCUGAUGCCAGUAAUGAAGACCUGGCAUCUGGACUAGUAGAGCCCAGCAAAGAUGUCAUCUCACAUGACUCCACAGAGCCUAAACCAGAAAAGAGUCAAGGUGAAGAGACUUCUGCUGAGCAAGUAGUUUCACAGCCAGAAGAACCUGUAAAUACAACAGACAACCAAGAACUUGUCACAGAAACAGAGGAGGAACAGAAGGAGACAGAAGAAAGGAUAAUGGGUGAUGAAACUACCCAGGUAAUGGAGGAAGAAAAAGAAGAAGCUGGUAAAGAAGAAUCCAGAGAAUCACAAGCAGAACCUGAAGGUGCAGAAAAAACAGAAUCCAUUCCAAGAGAUGAGCCAGAGGUAGAAAAAGAAAGCAAAGAAUCCGAGGAGGAAACGACUGAACCCAAACUAACAGAGGGCACAAUGGAAGCCAUGGCUAAUGGCACAGAUGAAAAGAAUAUGGAAUCAGAUGGAAGACACACGUUUAUAAAUGAAGACACAAAAUUAAGUGUGGAUGAGUCAUCUGCUGAGCCUGUAGAAACAAAACCAGAAGAGAAGCCUAUGGAUGAGGCCCAUGAGGAGUCACAGCAGCCUGAACAAGAGAGCCAGAUCACAGAGGAAGCUGAGCUAAAGGAACAAGUACCAACUGAGUCUACAAAUGGCAUCUGUGAUGAAGUUAAAGACACCCCUGAGGAUUCAGUGGUCCCACCUAAAGAUUCCUGUGUGAACGAAGAAGAAGAGAAAGCAACCCACGCAGAUGAGAGCACUUCCCAAGAUGCUGUCUCUGUCCAAGAGAGCGAAACGGAUUCAGAAGCCAAGAUGGAGCAAGGAAGCCCUGCUGUGAUCAGGCCAGAUGUGGAGAAGGAUUCUGACUCUGGGAGCAGCUCUGCUGCUGAUAGCAACAGCCUCGACCUCAAUCUGUCUAUCUCCAGCUUCCUGUCUAAGAGCAAAGAAGGGGGCUCCGUGUCCUUGCAGGAGUCAAAACGACAGAAGAAGACUCUUAAAAAGACACGCAAGUUUAUGGUGGAUGGUGUGGAGGUUAGUGUGACAACAUCUAAGAUAGUGACUGAUAACGACACCAGGAAUGAGGAGAUGAGGUUCCUGAGGCGGCAGGAGUUGAGAGAGCUUCGCCUCCUCCAGAAAGAGGAGCAAAGGGCCCAGCAGCAGCUGAGCGACAAGCUGCAGCAGCAGCGAGAGCAGAUCUACAGACGUUUUGAACAGGAAACUACUGCUAAAAAGCGUCAAUACGACCAAGAAGUGGAGAAUCUUGAGAAGAAGCAGAAACAGACCAUUGAGCGACUGGAACAAGAUCACACCAGCCGGCUCCGAGACGAAGCCAAACGGAUCAAAGCAGAUCAAGACAAGGAGCUCUCAAAGUUCCAAAACAUGCUGAAGAACCGCAAGAAAGAGGAACAAGAGUUCCUACAGAAGCAGCAACAAGACUUGGAUGGAGCUCUAAAGAAAAUCAUCCAGCAGCAUAAAGUGGAGAUUGCCACGAUUGAGAGAGACUGCCUUAACCACAAACAGCAGUUAAUGAGAGCUCGAGAGGCAGCCAUGUGGGAGCUGGAGGAGCGCCAUCUGCAGGAAAAGCACCAACUGCUGAAGCAGCAGCUGAAAGACCAGUACUUCAUGCAGAGACACCAGCUGUUGAAAAGGCAUGAAAAGGAGAUGGAGCAAAUGCAGGGCUACAACCAGCGUCUGAUAGAGGAGCUGAAGAACAAACAGACUCAAGAGAGGGUGCGUCUGCCCAAGAUCCAACGGAGCGAGGCCAAGACCCGCAUGGCUAUGUUCAAGAAGAGUCUCCGCAUCACCGCCACAGCAUCCAUCACCGCAGAGCAGGAGAGAGAGCGGAUAAAACAGUUUGCUUUGCAGGAAGAAAAGAGACAAAAGGGCGAGAGACUGCACCAACACCAGAAACAUGAGAACCAGAUGAGAGAUUUGCAGCUACAGUGUGACUCAAACAUCAGGGAGCUGCAGCAGCUGCAGAAUGAGAAAUGCCACCUUCUAAUUGAACAUGAGACCCAAAAGCUGAAGGAGCUGGAUGAGGAACACAGCCAAGAGAUAAAGGAGUGGAGAGAGAAGCUAAGACCAAGGAAGAAGGCGUUAGAGGAGGAGUUCACACGCAAGCUCCAGGAGCAGGAGGUCUUCUUCAAGAUGAGUGGUGAAUCUGAAUGCCUUAAUCCAACCACUCAGAGUCGAGUAUCUAAAUUUUAUCCCAUCCCAAACCUGAAUAACUCUGGCUUGUAGCCUAAUGUGCGUACGUGCUGCAAAGCAGACUGCUGUCAAACUCUGCUCUCAAACUCGACUCCUCCAGAGUUUAAAAAGGAGUGGAGUUUGAAGGACGAGCCGAGGCGUCAUUUCUCUGACCGCUAACUGAAAACGUGAACACGUUUCACUACUUAAGUUCCACCAUUCGCGAGCAUGACGUGCCUACACACCGUUCCAUUACUUAAUUGGGUUUCCUCAGCUUGCUGGGAAGACUCUAAAUGAAUGAUAUGCACUUGUUUUGAGCAUGUUCAGAUUUUUAAAAGUCUGCGGUUGGUAGCUGAGGUCAGUCAUGCUUUUCAGAUUAUUAUUGUUAAGCACAGCUCUGCUACAAUAUGAAUAAUCUCCAGUGCCUCGUGUUCUUUUUUUCUCUGCGUUUAGGCCCUUCCCUGCAUUUUCUACAGCUUGCAGUAAAUAGAUUCCCACCUGAAUGUUUUGCACUUAAAAAACUGGUUAUCAAUUCUGCUCGUAAUCACAAGAUGUCAUGAGAUCAGUGUAAUCGAUUCACACAAGCUGGUUAUCAAAGACUGCUCUGAGAUUUAGUUUGGCUGCAUGUAAAGUAGACCUUGCUGAAGGGCGACGGAGUCAAAAGACAACCAUGUAUAGAUGUAAGACUUUGUUAUGUCUGUGUAGUCUUCUGUGCACAGUGUCUGAUGUCUAACGGGAGUUAAAAUGUUGGGAUCGUGAGGCUGUAAGUUCAGAUGAAAAAGAAUGUACUGUGUUGUAGGUGUGUACCUAGAUAUGAGGUUUAAAUAAAUACUGUGCUUGCCAGAAGCAUUUCACCAUCUUAAGAGAUGAAUGAACAAAAAUAUAUCUGUUGAUUUAGCACAUAAUUUGAUUUCAGUGCCGGUCAGCAAAACACAGAGGUGGUCUGUUGGGUUGGGGGUUUUUGGGUUGUUUUUUGGUUUUUUUGACGUUAACUAAAUCAGUUCUCCCGUCGACUUUGAGCAGCAAUCUCACAAACUAAUGACGUCUUGUAAUGAAUAAUUACCGAAGGAAUGUAAAGCUUUUGAUUUGCACUGUAUUGCCACAUGAGCUAAAGAAAAAAAAUAUGCAGUAGAAAAUUUUGCCUCACCAAAGCCUAAUCAAACUCCAAGCUGAAUUGUUUCAACAUAUUGUUGUUUUUUUUUAUUAAAAUUACUUUUAGCUUCUUCUUUUUUUUCUUUUCCUUUUUUUCAAAUACGCCCUUAGUAUUUUACAGCCAUGCCUAAUCUUCUAAGCCUGUAUUCCUGGUAUGCUGUAAUCGCUCUUCAUGGUGAACUUUUGCACUUGUUGAGAGCAGUCCUGUAACUGUACGAGUUUCAGUGUGUGAGGAGAUGCCCUCUGCUGCGUUUUACGAUAAAGUAUUGAUGGUUCACAACAAGAAAUUACUGUAGUUUCAUUUGCCACCAUAUAGCAUCGAUGCAUGUUAUAAUUUCUGUAUGCUUAUAUAUAAACAUUGAUUUGAUUUUUGUCAUAAAUGCUGGAUUUUUAUUGGA